AUGGCUGAAGUCCAGGAGAAGCCACUGACCGACUUCGCAGCAGUUUUGGAUAGGAGCAGGACGUCGGCCACGUCCAGGAAAUUGAUGAAGGAAAUAGAGCAGGCUCUGAAGAAGGUGGCCGAUGGGAUCCAGAACUUCAAGGAUCUCGGCAUAAAGAUGGAGGCUGCAGAGGAAGCGAAGGACAGAGACAAAUGGAUGCAGGAGAUGAAGAGAGAACUCAAGCGCUUGCAGGAGCAUUUUAAGGAGUGCGAGAAAGAAGCCAAGAUGAAGCCCUUUGCAAAGGCGGCCCUGGCAGCAGGCUACACUGAGAAGCUGGACCCCACACUGGAGGCCAAGUCAGAGGCCCAGCGAUGGCUGAGAAACACAGUCUCUGCCCUCGCCGAGCAGGUGGAACAACUUGAGGCUGACCUUGAGGCAAGGGACAGUGUGGAAAGGAGUGCCCGCAAGGGCAAACCCAAGCCCACAGAGAAAGCACAGCACCUGGUCGACCUCAUUGACAGCAACAACUGGCACAUCUCGCGUCUGGAACAGAUCAUGCGCCUGCUGGAAAAUGACCAGGUCACCCCCGAGGACAUCGAUCCGGCUCUGCGGGACAACCUGGAGCACUACAUGGACAGCGCAGCAGACCCAGACUUUGCAGAGGCAUAUGUCAUGAAGAUGCAGCCUACAUUGAUUGAGGAGACAAAGACCAUCUACGAUGCAAUCCCGCUGCCAGAGACUGACAGCAACAUUGGAAGGAUCGCACGCCAUGAGCGCGCAAAGACUUUCCAGGAUGAUUCUGCCAAGGAUGGCAGCGACCUGCCGCAGGAAUGGCACAUACCGCAGUCUGCAACGGCUCACAGCGUGACACUGGAGGCAGACGGCACCUUCACAUUCCCAGUCAUGCCACCAGGGCUGGGGCUUGGCAGGAGCAACUCUGCGCCGGAGAUCGACGGUUUCGGCGCAGCAGCGCUGUUUGAGCCCAAAGCUGCUCCAGAGAGAGCCGAGAGGGAAGUCUGGCAGGGCGAGGCCACUCAGCACCAGCUGCCGACCACGCACAGCCUACAGACACCCUUCGACAGCCACUCUCUCUUUUCCCGGGGCAUGAGGCUGGUGGGCAGCGAGAACCACGUCGGCGCUGUGGAGUCUGCCGGCCAGAGCGUCCUGCACCGGGCAGGGGCGCCGGGCACUGCCCUCAUCACCCCAGAGGCCGCGCGGCACCGGGUGGAUCAGAGGCAGGGUGCAUCACCGGGUGGGCUCACACCGGAGACCUUCAGGACCGCGGUGGAAUCGCCGCAGUCCUCGCAGAGCAUCCAGGAGUUCAGGUCCGCGCUGUCGGACUCGCAGUCACCCGACGGUGGGCAGCGCUCCUACUCCCUGCCAGCCUGGACGCCUGACCACCUGCAGCACACCGCCCAGUCCAGGCUGACCCAGCCGCAGCCGCUAGCCGACACCACGGCGGAAGACAGUAGCGAGCACUCGCAGCUCGGCUUCAGCGACAGCCACGACGCGGACGAGUCAGCCUCCGACUGCUACUCGGCAGUGGAGACCCCCAUCCACCAUGGGGACAGCCUUCAGCGUGCGCUGAGCUUCUUGUCGCUGCAGACGGUGGACGAAGAGGAGCCUGCUGACGACGGCAGCCCGUUCAGGGAGGCCGGCAGGGCGCGCAGGGCCAAGCCGGCCACCCCACAGGGCAGGGCAGCAGGGAGAGUGAACGGAGGGACGUCCGGAAGGCCGGAGGGCCGCAGGAAGCGCGGCGGUCGCAGCCGCUCCAAGCUGCACCAGGGCAGCGAAGGGGGAAGCGGCAGCCCCGGAUCGCAGCGGCAGAACCGGCCCAGCGCUUCGCUGAAGUUGUCGGACAUGAUCAUCCCCGCGCUCAAGGCCAAGGCAAAGAAGCAGGGGCUGGCCUUUGUCACCUCGCCGGAGAAGAACCUUGAGGAGAAGCACGACCCAGACGCGCACGAGAAGACCCGGCCGGCCGAGCAUGCAGACCCGCAAGCCAAGCCGGUGCAGCCGUCCGCAGUCUGCGACAACCGCAGCUUCGCGGAAGUGACCCGGGUCAUGGCUGCGGCAAAGCUCGAGACAGCGAUUGCAGCUGGGGAGGGGGAAGGCAGCCCCCUGAGCCCUGCAGGGGAUGACAUCUGCACACCCAGCUCAGAGCUCUCCUCCCAGACGAACCUCUGGCAGCAGCAGGAGACGAGUACAAGCAGCGCCUGGCGACAGGCCAUCAUCGCAGACCUGCAGCAGGCGCCGCGCAGCCCUGCCCCUGGGACGUACAGUCGCCUGAUCGGGCCUCUGCUCAGCAGCUCACCCGCGCCCAAGAAGACCCAGGAGCUGCUGAGCUCAGAGGAGAUGCAGGCGCUCAUCGGCAGCAGUUACAGCACCGUAGAGGCAAGCAGGGGCAUGGAGAGUCCUCUUGCAGCCAUCACAAAUGCGACGCAGGAGGCGCAGGUGCACAUGGGAACAGCAAUUGGAACUGUCCACAUGGAAAGCAUGGACAAUCAGGUGCUAAACUUCAGCAAGGACCCAGUCAUCGAAUUGCAGAGGAGCAACAAGCACCUCGGACCAGUCACGUGCCCCAUCAAGGUGCCUGCUGCAAAGCCUAUUGGUCAGGAGGGUCAGACACCGCCAGGUCCAAGGCAGGACCUCAUCAGCAAGGAGGCCUGGCAGAUCAAGGCUGACUGGGAGCCGUUUGGCAGCAGCUCUCCAACAGUGCUCGGCUUGGACUCGCAAGCCGUGGCCUGCAGCACUGCUGACACGAAGGAGUGUGGUGAGACUUACUGGAGGCAUGCACCAAACAUCAAGUCCAGGAAGGCGCUGGAUCUGCUUGAUGGCAGCCUCAAGUUCCUGCCGCCGCCCAACUACCAGGAGUAUGUUCCCUCGAAUGCAGUGGAGCGCCUGGUCAGCGAGGGGCUGGCUUACAGCAUCCGGCAGAUGCCUGAGGCCACGAACCCAAUGCCUGCUGCCUAUAUCAAGCCCUCCAUGCCAGGGAAGCCACAGCAGGCCCCCGCGUGCUUUGAUGAGCCGGGAUUCUUCUACCAAAUGGCCAUGCGCGCAGCCGUCCAGGGAGUCAGCCCAGACCUCCUCUUCUUUGUCUUCUACUUCCAGCCAGGGACCAUUCAGCAGCUGUUUGCGGCUGCAGCGCUGGAGACGCAGCAGUGGCACUACCAUGCCACUCUCAAGCGCUGGUUCCACCAGUCCAUCCCUGCAGACAUCGACGGCCAGGGGCGUGCGCAGAGCAGCGAUCAGAGGCGCUACCUGUACCUUGACCAGGAUCUGCGCAAGACGGGCCCCUACCCCGACAGCUGGGACGGCUGGUGCAUCCGCCAGACGGCCGGCAACUUCACGCUGACUGGCCAGAACGGUGAUAACCUGGCCUAA